AAGCACGAACUUUCACAUGCAUCUGCUUCGUUUGUCAAACGCAACCGAACCCUGAUCGACCUCUGCAUUCGAUCACCUUUAACCUUUCUCCUCAUUUCAGGUGCGUAAUAUUAGGGCUGGGUUUUUAUCUCGAGAGAAUUUCCCAUUAAGUGUUGGGAAAUAACCUGUACAUAAUUCAAUAUGCGGAAUAAUUGGUUGUUUUUUAUGGAUCUUGAUGGGGGAUCACCUUACAUGUUUCCAGUAGAACCACUUGCGCCACAUAGUUUUGGGGGUCAUUUGUUGUAUCAGAUUAGUUCGUUUGUUGACAAUUCUCUUUACAACACUAGAUACUUGUAUGUCCCUGGAAGUCUGGCUCUUCAGGAGGCUUUCAACUGCAUUUCAAAGUUUGCCGGUGCUCUACUCUUUUGGUUUGCCAGUGGGUCGAAUUCCAAUACAAGUCACAAAUUAUCGGGAAAUUCAUAUGCUUCAAAUCCUAAAGGCUUUAAAUCUCCUGCACAAGUAAAACUCAGUACUUCAAGUAGACACAAUCUUUUAGGAUUUUACUUCAAUUCUAGGUCAAAAGGGAAAACUUUCUCCCCAGUGAUUUUUGGUAAUAUUUUGAGUGUCACUACAAAACAAUUGCACAGUGCAGCUAAGGAGCUCCAGUCAUUCCCUGUCCUCUCACUGGCUGCUGCUCUAGUACCACCAUUUGAUAAUGUGUCUCCAAAGGCUUUAGGUGUUCCUCUGGAGAAUACUGAUAUGCGAAUACAGAGAUGCAUAGAUGAAAUUCCCUGUGACAUUGAGCAUCAGGGAUGUGGUGAUUUUUCUUUUCCUGAUUUAAACUGGACAAGGUAUUCAGUUGAGCCCAGAACUGGUAUCGAGUUCCCUACAAUUUUGGACAACAUUUUAGCUGGAGGGAAUAAUUCUAGUUUAACUUCAGAGGUGCUUGUCGGUACCGGAUCCAGAACAAUGACUAUAAUCAAAAUCAAAUCUUUGAAGAUCUAUGCAUUUGGGUUUUAUGUUCAUCCCUAUGAUGUUUGUGUGAAGUUGGGUCCAAAGUAUGCUUCUAUUCCAGUUGGUGAACUGAACAAAUGCCAUGAUUUUUACAAGGAUCUUCUCAGGGAGGAUAUCAAUAUGACUAUCAGGCUUGUGGUUAAUUGUAACGGGGUGAAAAUCAAAACUGUGAGAGAUGCUUUUGAGAAAUCCCUUCGAGCCCGAUUAGUGAAGGCAAACCCAGACACAGACUACCAUUGCCUAAGAACGUUUGGUUCUUUUUUCGCACAAGAUAUCCCGUUACAUGUGGGAACAAUAAUAGAUUUUCGGAGAACAGCUGAUGGACAACUAAUUACUGAAAUUGGAGGUAAUCAGAUUGGAACAGUCUAUAGCAAGGAUUUGGGCAGGGCUUUCUUUGAUAUGUACAUUGGAGAUGUUCCCGUUUCUGAGCAAACUAAAGAAGAGAUUGGUAGAAAUGUUGCUAGUAUCAUGAGGAGAUGCUAAGAAGUUGGUUCAUUUCAUGUCUCCAUUGUCCAGAUUUUUUUCACGGACAAUUGGUUGCUUAUGUUGCAUACCCCAUUGCAUAGUUGCUGCGCUGUCAAAUGUCAGUGCAUUUUUAUGCUCUGGUGUGUGUUGCUCUUGUAACUGAUUUCAAAGUAAUAGAGGAGCACAAAUGUGCCAUCCGUAGUAUUUCCAAACCUUAAAUUAGCCAUAUAUCUCAUUAUAAUCAUUUGUUCAUGAGUAUGUAUUUGAUUUUUUGCAGAUUUCAUGCUUGAUGUGUUGCUAAUAACUUAUGUAAUGGCCCUUUUUUAGGUUUUGUUUUGUGUUAGGGCACUUGAUGUAUGUAACUUAUCUCAUGCAUAUGCAUCUACACAAGUUGUCGCGAUAUGGGAAAGAAUGGAUGAUUUAAACAACAAACAGAAACACUCCGUCGUUACGAGAUUCAUUUUCAUUA